UUGACUUUGGACAUCUUGACAUUGACAAUAGAUGAUCUCAAUUGCCAAAAUAUUUCUUUUUCAACUAGCCUGUCAUUACGGAAAGUUGCGGCGGGUUUUAAAUCCUAGCCAUGGUGCGCAUGAACGUAUUGAGUGAUGCUCUUAAAUCAAUCCACAAUGCCGAAAAGCGAGGCAAAAGACAAGUGCUCAUCCGCCCUUGUUCUAAAGUUAUUGUGAAGUUUCUUACUGUGAUGAUGAAGCAUGGUUACAUUGGAGAAUUCGAGAUUGUAGACGAUCACAGAGCAGGAAAAAUCGUCGUCAACUUGACAGGCAGAUUAAACAAAUGCGGAGUUAUUUCACCACGAUUUGAUGUACCAAUCAAUGAUAUAGAAAGGUGGACUAACUUAUUGCCCUCUCGACAAUUCGGAUACUUAGUGCUAACAACCAGUGGAGGUAUCAUGGAUCAUGAAGAAGCCAGAAGAAAACAUCUUGGAGGCAAAAUAUUAGGUUUCUUCUUCUAAUCUAAUAUACAUUAAAAAUUUA